AUGUCUCAAAACCCACCGUUUAUACAGUGGAUCACGGACUAUUUUUCUAAGUUGUCAGAUAACUUAGAUGUGGAAGUGUUAUCUGAAUAUGUUUCCGGAGUAUUAGAAGCGUUCACUUCCCCGGACGUCGAUUUGCGCUCGGAGGUCGAAACUCUAUUAUCCGCCUAUCUGUUAAACGAGGAGGACAGUGCCCUCUUCAAUUGUGUUGACAACUCCGCAUGGUCAGGUUUCGUUUAUCCCCUACAGGAUUUGCUAUCUUUUCAAUUUGCUAGUCUGUUUAAUUGGUCCCUGAUGGGCGAGAAAAUCCCGGAUAUCUGGAAUCUUAGAACGCCAUGCGUUCGUCACGGAAUGAUGUCACAAGCUGAUCUGGAUGAAUUAAUGGUUCGGUCCACCAGUUUUGAACUGAUGGAUAAUCAACUGGAGUUCGCACAUGUGCAUUUACGGGACGUGCAAUCUGCUGCAGCCUACCAUCGUGGGUCCAUGCUGUUGACUACUGGUAAUUAUGAUCUUGGCCUGAUGGCAUCUUUCUAG